AAGAACUGCCAUUUCAGUAACACACACGUUCUUCUACGUUACAGCAUUCUAUGCUUGCAGAAGCUCUUUGUUUGUUGUAGAAUUAGACGUUUUUUUUUUUUUCUUGGUAACAAUUAUUUAAGAACAAAACGUAAUUGUGAGUGUUGCUAACGUAUUCAAAGCAGUCAGCAUCACGUUUGUGGACAGGCCUUUUCAUUUAAUCCUAAGCAAAGUAACACAGUGUGGGUGUGAUCGAAAGGACAUACAAUGCAGGACCCAAAUGCAGACACAGAGUGGAAUGACAUCCUUCGGAGAAAAGGCAUCCUUCCACCCAAGGAGAAAACAAACCCGGAAGAGGAACAGAUUGUACAGCAGCAGCAGUCAGUGGUAAAAACGUACGAGGACAUGGCUCUGGAUGAGCUGGAGGAGAAUGAGGAUGAGUUCAGUGAGGAGGAUGAGCGGGCGAUUGAGAUGUACAGGCAACAAAGAUUAGCAGAAUUGAAAGCCACCCAGUUGAAAAAUGUAUUUGGGGAAGUUACCGAGAUAUCUGGACAGGAAUAUAUACAGCAAGUAAACAAAGCUGGUAAAGACAUCUGGGUCAUCCUGCAUCUCUACAAACAGGGCAUCCCCCUCUGUACUUUGAUAAAUCAACAUCUCGGUUCACUAGCAAGGAAGUUCCCACAGACAAAAUUUCUCAAGUCAAUCUCAACAACGUGUAUACCCAACUACCCUGACAGGAACCUGCCAACUAUAUUUGUAUACCAUGAAGGCGACAUGAGAGCACAGUUUAUUGGUCCACUAGUUUUUGGGGGCAUGAAUUUAAAAAUAGAUGAACUAGAAUGGAAGCUUUCAGAAUCGGGUGCAAUCGAAACAGAUUUGGAGGAAACCCCCAAAAAACAAAUCGAGGACAAGUUGAUGACAUCAGUCAGGUGCACGGCUCUGACAAAAAAGGAUAGCGAUUCAGAAGAGGACUAUUAGACAAUGAUUUUUAUUUUUUUUUUAAUCGUGAUACACCUUUGAUCUGGCAUUCAUGGAUCCUGUGUUAAAAUCUAUGACUUCCUUCUCUAUAUUGUGUGGCAAAAUUCAGCAUCUGUCACUGUAGCAAAUAGUUUUUUGUUUUUUUUUCUCUGAAAAUGUGAUCAACUGAAUUAACUGUAUGUACGCAGAAAAGCUUGCCAAGGUGGAAACUAUAUUAUUGUAAAGUGUUUUGUAGAUCAUGUAAAACAAGUAAACUUUACAUACCUACAGCUAAGAAACUGCGAAUAUUAGUGUAUACUCCUGUUUUAUAAAAAAAAAAAAAUCUUGCAACAACUAAAUUAUGAAACUGAUCUCAUAAAAUAAACAGAAAUGCAUUGUUUUUAAGUGAUAAACCACACAAUCCCUUCA